CGUGACCGCGUUGUUGACAACCGCCAUUUUAACGAAAAUCAAAGAGGGGCGAAGGAGUGUUUCGUGUUUGGGUGAAAGAACCGGAAAGUUAUUCUAGCGAAUUUGCUAAGCAGGAAAGUAAAAUUGCCUCCGUCGACGGAUUCCCGAAUGACGACGGGACUGGGUGACCUUGACGUCUCUUGGACCUCCUCUGGCAGUCAAUGAAUGUCUUCUACCUUCGACCAUCGCUUACCUCGGGUUGCCGGGUGGUCAGUCGUGGAGUAUGUCCAGGAGGGCGUUGGGUGGGUCGAGUGGCACAUACAACGUGCGAGCGUCGGAACUUGCUCGAGACAAGAGGAUCAAGACGAUUCGUUGCACCGUAUUCUUCCUUGAUGACAGCCAGCAGAUAUUUGAAAUCGACAAACGUGCUAAAGGUCAGGUGCUGUUAGAUCUAGUCUUCCAACAUUUGGAACUGAUAGAAAAGGAUUAUUUUGGGUUACAGUUUGCAGAGAUUGCACCAUCUCCAGAUGCCAUGAGGUGGCUGGAUCCGUCGAAAUGCGUACGAAAACAAAUGAAAUCCGGUCCUCCGCAUUUACUUUAUUUUCGAGUGAAGUUUUAUGUUUCCGAUCCAAGCAAACUACAAGAAGAAUACACGAGGUAUCAUCUCUUUCUUCAAAUAAGAAAAGAUAUUUUGGAAGGAAGAAUUAUAGUGCCUCCAGCCACUGCCACUCUCUUAGCGAGUUAUGCUGUACAAUCUGAACUUGGUGAUUAUAAUUCAGAAGAGCAUAAAUAUGGUUAUUUAGCAGAACUAAGAUUAGUUCCAAAUCAGAAUGAGGAAGAAGAGAAGAAAAUUAUUGAAUUGCAUAAAUUACACAAAGGUCAAACACCAGCUGAUGCAGAAUACAAUUUCCUGGAUCAUGCAAAGAGGUUGGAUAUGUACGGGGUGGAUUUGCACUGGGCGAGGGUAAGGGAUUCGACAAAUGCAGAAAUUCAGUUAGGAGUAACGUCUGCUGGUUUGGUUGUUUUUCAGAACAACAGAAAAAUUAAUACAUUUUCUUGGGCAAAGAUUGUGAAAAUAUCAUUUAAAAGAAAACAAUUUUUUAUUCAAUUAAGAAGAGAAGGAACAGAAAGUUAUGAUAGCCUUUUGGGGUUCAACAUGCUCAGUUAUCGAUCUUGCAAGAAUCUGUGGAAGUCUUGUGUGGAACAUCACACGUUUUUUCGUCUUCACAUACCCCGCCCACCCACACGAAGACUUUUAUUCAGUUUGGGUUCGAAAUUUCGUUAUAGUGGAAGAACAGAGUAUCAAACAUUAGAGGAAGGAAAGCGGAGAGCGAGAACAGAAAGAACAUUUAUGAGGUCCCCAAGUAAACGAUUUGUAAGGCAGACAGUACCUGCAGUGAUUAUAGAUGGAACAGAAGUACGUGAGAAGAAACCGUCCAAACCAGUCGCUAAAAUGAACGGGACCACAAACGCUCACGUCCGCCCGUAUGAUAGUUUUAAUCACAAGAUUCAAGUCUCCGAGCCCGAGUACAGACCAAGAAAGGCCUGGGCUGAGACACCGAGUAGCGAAACCACCGCCUUCACUCCGGCCAUUCCGCCCAAACUCAUCGGUUACGUGGACGAGGACAGCCUGACCGAUCAGACCUACGAAUUACCUUCUUACGCAUCGGACACCGCGCUGCCCAACGGCCACGACGAAGUUCAGGGUCUGGUCACCAUCAGAAUGAAGCCCGACGAGCAGGGAAGAUUCGGGUUCAACGUCAAGGGAGGAGCUGACCAGAAUCUUCCAAUACUGGUGUCCAGGGUGGCACCAAACACACCAGCCGACACGUGCAUUCCUAGGCUCAACGAAGGCGAUCAGGUGCUUCUGAUUAAUGGCCGGGAUGUUGCCGGUCUGUCACAUGAACAGGUUGUAAAGUUAAUAAGGAGUUCGCGUGAGACUCCUGCGGGCGAACUAGUUCUUACGGUACGCCCAAAUGUUUAUGUUGGAGAAGAAGUCGAGGAACCGGAUUUUCAGUAUAUUCCCGAUGUGCCCCACGUUUCUGCCAAAGUGCCACGUUGCGAUGCCUUAGCUGAGUCCAUGUUGUUGUUAAGUGAGGCUCUGGAAAGUGGUGCUGCACUUGCUCAGUUUGAGCAACUAUAUAGGAAAAAGCCAGGUGCAACUAUGAAUAUUGCAAAGUAUCCUGAAAAUUUAUCAAAGAAUAGAUAUAGAGACAUAUCACCAUAUGAUAGUACAAGAGUUGUGAUACUAGGAAGCAUGAGUGGGGAUUACAUAAAUGCCAGUCAUGUGAAUAUGGAAAUUCCAACUUCUGGAAUAGUGAACAGAUACAUUGCAACCCAGGGGCCGUUACCAAACACCUGUGCCGAUUUCUGGCAGAUGGUAUGGGAACAGCAGUGUACGUUAAUAGUGAUGGUAACCACGUUGAUGGAACGCGGUCGUGUCAAAUGCCACAAAUACUGGCCCGACCAGUACGAGACGAUCGACUACGGACAACUGCAGGUCAGGUUUUUGAGCGAACAGGAGAAUCCGUCCAUUGCCUUCCGGGAAUUCAGUCUUAUUAACAAAGAGAAUAACGAAAAGAGGCAUAUAUCCCAUGUGCAAUAUGUCGCAUGGCCAGAUCACGGCGUGCCUGAUGAUGCAACGGAUUUCUUGGAAUUUGUGACGAGGGUCCGUCAGUCCAGAAUCGGCAUGGUGGAAUCUACGGUCGUUCAUUGCAGUGCCGGAAUCGGUCGAACGGGAGUGUUAAUCCUGAUGGAAACUGCCAUGUGCCUUAUCGAAGCCAACGAGCCCGUUUAUCCCCUGGACAUCGUCCGUUCCAUGAGGGAUCAGAGAGCGAUGCUUAUUCAAACUGCUAGUCAGUACAAGUUUGUCUGUGAAGCCAUUUUAAAAGUUUACAAUGAUGGCAUUGUUAAACCAUUGGCAGAGUACCAAAGGUGAAAACCCAAGAAGGGGAGCUACCGAUCUGGGUCUUCCGCCGCCUCGAGUUGCCGGCUUAAAAAUUUUUAAAUAUGCAAUACGACAAAUCUUGCCUUACUCGGAGAUGCUGUGACAUCUAUAGACUUCCUUAUCAUUUAUUUAGUGUGGUUUUUCUUAGUAGUGAUAUAUUUCGUUGCUUAUUUUUAAAAUGUAUUAAAUGAUAGUCACCGGCCACUGCGGGUCCAGUGCUGCGGUGCGUGCCGAGAGUCAUCUGUUUUCGUCCAUGUUCAGAUCUUUCGGAAUGCCAAGUGUAGUGUUUGUCUACGAUUCAGUUUUGGCUCUCAAGACCGGUAAUUUAUUUUCAUUAACAGAGAGAGAUGGGCAAGAAAAGAGAGUCGUACGGGCCGGCACGAGCGAAGGGAGAGGAAUUCACUUGGCUCGUCGCGGCCAUACCUACCUCUUCGGAGCACAAGGGUUGCCCGUGGCCGUCUGUAUAUAAAUGUAUGGAUCGAACGUACCUAGAACUUUAAAACUUUCUAGAGAUCCACUGCCACUUUUAUGCUUAUCUUCGACAUCCGAUCGAACAGACAUAGCUGCCAGAUUAUAUACCAUAACAAGAUAUAUUUUUGUAGAAUACACCCAUUUUGUACAUAAACACUUGUAGAUAUAAUGUUAAUUAGAAUAAUUAUGCUUUGGGAUAUUUAGGUGUUUGUACAGAAAGUGGUUAGGACUUAUCCUGGUUGGCAGCACCGGAUAGGAACGUGACUUGCGUGGUUUCUGUCCGUCGGAUCUGAGCGGCGAAUCGUCUCUCUGCUCAGACUGACGGCACCGAGUGCCAGGUACGAAUGGAGCCAGAAAGACAGGGUAGGAUCGAGGUUGACUUAUAUAAUACAAUUUUCAUAUGUAUUUACAUUGUCAUUGAUAAAAUAACAGAUAGUUCCCUCUCUUAUUGUCGUCCUCCGAUUAUACAUUAUCAUUUUAUCCAUUAACAAGUUUUGUCCACAAUUAAAAAAAGCCAUAAUUACUCUUUCACUCGGUUUAUUGUAUGUAUGUGCUAUAAAUUCUUAACAGUCUACCACAUUCAAUAAUAGUCGCACUGCAUCUAACUGUCUCACUUCCGACAUCUCCAAACCAAGGCAACAUAUUAAAAUGUGUUGAUGUUCUGUCAGAAAUUUAAAAACAAAUACAGUAAAUGGAGAUUGUCUUCCUUACAAAGUAUUCUAAAGGUUAAUUAAGAGGUUAACUUUAAACCUUAUUGCGUAAUGCAAUAUGUUCUUGUCUUAAUAGUUAAUUCUCUUAUUUUUUAUUGCGUAUACUUUAAGAAGUAACUUAUUCACUGCCAUUUAUCUAAAAUUAGAACAUGUCGCUUUUGGUAUCGGAAAGUUGCCGUAGUGCCUGUUCGAAUGGCGGCACGGCCAUAGAAGACGUCCUGGACAUCGAACCAAAAUUAUAUCCAUUCGGUUUGGAAAAUGCAUUUGCAGCCUCUUAUGUAAUCCAUAAAAUAUUUAUGGCAGUCUACGAUAAAUAUCCACGAUGUCAAUUUUCUUCUAAAAAUCCGACAAUCACCGGUUUUGGUAUAUGUCCAAGAUAGGAUUCUGCAUAUAUAUUAAAUUUUAAAAAAUAGACUAAAUUUUGUAAAUGCAGUUUCUAUUGUUAUUUAUGUUAUUUAUUUGUGCAAUUAUUACGGAAAAGUUUUUCUUUCGUCCGCGUGUGAGUGUAGUCGCGUCAGAAAUAAGCCGUAAUUUAUUUGCAAACUUCGUCGGAAUUCUUGAGUAGAAGCGACUUUUUUAAAUGUUGAUAGACAUAUCACUUUAUACGACUUUGGUGUUAUUUGUGCAAUUAACGCCUUUAGAUUUGAUAUACUUUUAUCUGUACAAACUGGCAGUUACUACAGCAGCUAUUUUGUGAUGAUUUUGUUACAAUAAUGCCCACUUUGCUAUUCUGUUGUUAUUUACCAAGAGUAUUUUGUACGACAAGCCAGGAGCACACUAGUACUUAAGCUAUUAUUUUGUACUUAUCGACAUUUGCGUUGCAUUAAAUCAUCUACGUUUUUAUCGACCCAGAACAGAUGACCCGAUUAUGUUGUGUGCAUGUUAAGAUAACAAAACUGAUCUUUUUAGUGUUCCUGGCCAUCUCAUUGUCGGUUGCAGAAAUUUCAUUGAACAGAAAUAAAUGAAUUUUCAUGUUUUCUGAA